AGAGAAAAUGAAAGAGAUCUCUCUCUCUUUCACUGAGUUCAGGACAAUGGCUGAGGCGAGUAUUUCAGUAGAUCAGCUUUCAGUGGAUCAGUUCAUCUGUCCAGUGUGUCUGGAUCUCCUGAAGGAUCCGGUGACUCUCUCCUGUGGUCACAGUUUCUGUACUGUGUGUAUUAAUGGUCACUGGGAUCAGGAGGAUCAGAAGGACGUCUACAGCUGUCCUCAGUGCAGAGAUACUUUCACACCAAGGCCUGUUCUACGCAGAAACAACAUGCUGACUGAAGUGGUGGAGAAACUGAAGAAGACUAAAGCCCAAGCUGCUUCUCCUGCUCACUGUUACACUGGACCUGGAGAUGUGGAGUGUGAUAUCUGCACCAGGAGAAAACACAAAGCCAUCAAGUCCUGUCUGGUGUGUGUGGCUUCAUUUUGUGAAACUCAUCUCAAACCUCAUCUUGAAAGUCCUGCUUUGAAAAAACACAAAUUAAUGGAAAUCUCUGGAAAUCUACAAGAGAAGAUCUGCUCUGAACACGAUGAAGUUCUGAAGAUCUUCUGUCGUACUGAUCAGAGAUGUAUUUGCUCUUUGUGCAUGUUGGAUAAACAUAAAGGCCACGACGCUGUAUCAGUUGCAGCAGGAAGAGCUGAGAAACAGAGUGAGUUAAAGGAGGAGCAGAUGAAAUUCCAGCAGAGACUCCAGGAGAAGCAGAAGAAGGUGCAGGAGCUGAAACAGACUGUGAACACUAUAAAGCUCAGUGCACAGACAGCAGUGGAGGACAAUGAGAGGAUCUUUACUGAGCUGAUCAGCUCCAUGGAGAAAAAGCGCUCGGAGGUGACGGAGAUGAUCAGAGCUCAGGAGAAGGCUGAACUGAGUCGAGCUGAACGACUCCUGGAGCAACUGGAGCAGGAGAUUGAUGAUCUUCAGAGGAGAGUCACUGAGAUGGAGAAGCUUUCACAGACACAUGAUCACAUCCAUUUCCUCCAGGCUUUAGCUUCUGGACCUCAGUCUGCUCUAUUAAAUAGACCAGAUUUUGACAUGUCCAGCAUCAGUGUCCCUCAACAUCUGUCAUUUGAUGGAGUGAAGAAUUCUCUCUCAGAUCUGAAGAAGAGACUGGAGGAAUUCUGUGAGGAGGAAUUCAACAAAAUCCCUCCACAUGCUGCAGCAGUUCAGAUCAUUUCACCACCAGAUCCACAGAACAGAGAAGAGUUUCUGAAAUAUUUCUGUUCUCUGACUCUGGAUCCCAACACGUCACAUCGUAAACUCAUUCUGUCUGAGAAGAACAGAGCAGUGACACUCAGUAAGAGAAAACAGCAGUACUCUGAUCAUCCAGGGAGAUUUGACUUCUGGCCUCAGGUGUUGUGUAAGGAGAGUGUGUGUGGACGCUGUUACUGGGAGGUGGAGUGGAGCGAUGUUGGUGUGUACAUAUCAGUCUCAUAUAAAGACAUCAGGAGGAAAGGAGGUGAUAAUGAGUGUGUGUUUGGAUGCAACAAACAGUCCUGGAGUCUGGAAUGUUCUUCUUCUUCUCUCUCUUUCUAUCACAACAACAUUGAGACUCAGCUCAGAGUUCCAUCAUCCCCCAGAAUAGGAGUGUAUGUGGAUCACAGUGCAGGAACUCUGUCCUUCUACAGCGUCUCUGACACCAUGAAGCUCCUCCACAGAGUCCACACCACAUUCACUCAGCCUCUAUAUGCUGGGUUCAGGCUCUACUGGUUUGGUUCUUCAUCUGUGAGAUUGUGUGAUCUAAUCUUGCCAUGGUGUAAGACCUGUGAAAUGAACCUGUCUUCCACAACCUCACCUCAGUACCAGAUGCUGACACACACACACACACAACCAGGAAGUUUCAGAGAAAACGAAAGAGAUCUCUCUCUCUCUUUCACUGAGAUCAGGAAAAUGGCUGAGGCGAGUAUUUCAGUAGAUCAGGACCAGUUCAUCUGUCCAGUGUGUCUGGAUCUCCUGAAGGAUCCGGUGAGUCUCUCCUGUGGUCACAGUUUCUGUACUGUGUGUAUUAAUGGCUGCUGGGAUCAGGAGGAUCAGAAGGAUGUCUACAGCUGUCCUCAGUGCAGAGACACUUUCACUCUAAGGCCUGUUCUACGCAGAAACAACAUGCUGGCUGAAGUGGUGGAGAAACUGAAGAAGACUGAAGCCCAAGCUGCUUCUCCUGCUCACUGUUACGCUGGACCUGGAGAUGUGGAGUGUGAUUUCUGCACCGGGAGAAAACACAAAGCCGUCAAGUCCUGUCUGAUGUGUGUGGCUUCAUUUUGUGAAACUCAUCUCAAAACUCACCUUGAACGUCCUGCUUUGAAAAAACACACAUUAAUUGAAGCCUCUGGAAAUCUACAAGAGAAGAUCUGCUCUGAACACGAUGAAGUUCUGAAGAUCUUCUGUCGUACUGAUCAGAGAUGUAUUUGCUCUUUGUGCAUGUUGGAUAAACAUAAAUGCCACGAUGCUGUAUCAGUUGCAGCAGGAAGAGCUGAGAAACAGAGUGAGUUAAAGGAGGAGCAGAUGAAAUUCCAGCAGAGACUCCAGGAGAAGCAGAAGAAGGUGCAGGAGCUGAAACAGACUGUGUACACUAUAAAGCUCAGUGCACAGACAGCAGUGGAGGACAAUGAGAGGAUCUUUACUGAGCUGAUCAGCUCCAUGGAGAAAAAGCGCUCGGAGGUGACGGAGAUGAUCAGAGCUCAGGAGAAGGCUGAACUGAGUCGAGCUGAACGACUCCUGGAGCAACUGGAGCAGGAGAUUGAUGAUCUUCAGAGGAGAGUCACUGAGAUGGAGAAGCUUUCACACACACACGAUCACAUCCAUUUCCUCCAGGCUUUAGCUUCUGGACCUCAGUCUCCUCUGUUAGAUAGACCAGAUUUUGACACGUCCAGCAUCAGUGUCCCUCAACAUCUGUCAUUUGAUGGAGUGAAGAAUUCUCUCUCAGAUCUGAAGAAGAGACUGGAGGAAUUCUGUGAGGAGGAAUUCAACAAAAUCCCUCCACAUGCUGCAGCAGUUCAGAUCAUUUCACCACCAGAUCCACAGAACAGAGAAGAGUUUCUGAAAUAUUUCUGUUCUCUGACUCUGGAUCCCAACACGUCACAUCGUAAACUCAUUCUGUCUGAGAAGAACAGAGCAGUGACAGUCAGUGAGAGAGAGCAGCAGUACUCUGAUCAUCCAGAGAGAUUUGACUCCUUGUGGCAGGUGUUGUGUAAGGAGAGUGUGUGUGGACGCUGUUACUGGGAGGUGGAGUGGAGCGGUGAUGGUAUUGUGUCCAUAUCAGUCUCAUAUAAAGACAUUGGGAGGAAAGGUCGGGGUGAUGAGUGUGGGUUUGGACGCAACAAACAGUCCUGGAGUCUGGAAUGUUCCUCUUCUUCUCUCUCUUUCUAUCACAACAACAUUAAGACUGAUCUCAGUGGUCCACCAUCCUCCAGAAUAGGAGUGUAUGUGGAUCACAGUGCAGGAACUCUGUCCUUCUACAGCGUCUCUGACACCAUGAAGCUCCUCCACAGAGUCCACACCACAUUCACUCAGCCUCUAUACGCUGGGUUCAGGCUCUACAAGUGGAUUGUUUUAACAUCUGUAAGAUUGUGUGAUGUAAAAUAAUGUGUGUAGUGUGUUGUGUAACAUUCCUCCACAUUACCAUAUUAUUACUCCAUCAUCUGUUUAACACACAAUCCAGCUGCACAAAAAACAUUUUCAUUGUAAAUUAUAACAGAUUCAUCCUGGAUGAUGAACCAUAUAAAUCCAAGUUUGUGUUAAAUAUUAUGACCAAAGUUUUGAAAAUAAAAGAUCAGACCACAGAAGAACGGUGUGAACUGGGUGUCAGUGUCAGUCUCAUAUAAAGAGAUCAGAAGGAAAGGAAGUCGUAAUGAAUGUGGGUUUAAUUUAACACAAACUGAUGCUGAUUGUAGAAUAAAUAGUUUUGUGGCACCGUAAUGAAGACUGUAAAGUAACUGAAGAGUUUUCUUUAACUUCUGAAAUCAACUGCAUUAAGAAUAUUGAUCUUUUUUAUAAUUCUGAUGAUUAAAGUGAAAUUAUUUUAGAAA